UCUGAGUUCUGGACUCUCAGGCAUGGGCUGGCAACAAAGGCAGAGAUACAGCCUGGGUGUUGUGUGCUCAGAGUAGGGAGAGGACCAGCGAGCCAUUCCCCAUUUACCAGAGCCUCGAGCCUUCCAGAGGAGCUCAGCAAUAAUUCAGGGGCUCCAGCUCUUUGGGAUCUAUUGCCAGGAAAGAAGGAGGCAGGCACGUGCGUCCCUGGGGAGAGGAAUCAGUUUCCAGCCCCGACAAAGCAGUGAAAUGUAAGCCGGGGGCACCGCCUGGGGUCCUUGGGAACUUCCUGUUCCAGUUCACAGAGGCUGAGUGGGGACAUAGGAUGGGGCCCUGCUGAGGGCACAGCUGGUAUUGGCUACAGUCACAAGGACUUUGUAAAUAGACUUUGUGAAUGGAAGAGAAUUUUUCUGAAGCCAUUCCAAGAGAUUAAAUUCAAGUACUCCUAGGCCCAGGAAGGAGGCCUCUGUGGAGAGAGAUGUCUUCGUUAUUCUUGGCCAAUAUGACAAGGGGCUGAGGCAGCAGAAGCCUACUCUGUCCCACCCCCACCCCAGACCCCUUUGGAUCAGGUUCACUUGCUGGGCACCCUGCCAGCUAGGGAUGCUGGUGCAUCUUUAAUGAAGUCACCCGAUCCUGGGACAAGUUCUUGGCCUCACCAAGUUCCUGGAGCCAGACCACAGGGUGCCCACUGAGCCACAGCCUUCACAUGCCUGUAUGCCAGGCCUGUUUCCCCUACAGCCAUGAACCAGGCCUUCUGGAAAGCUUACAAGUCCAAAGUGCUACAGACCCUGAGUGGGGAAUCUGAGGAGGACCUGGCAGAGGAGAGGGAGAACCCAGCCUUAGUGGAGUCUGAGACAGCGGAACCCACUGAAGAGGCCUUCAGUCCCAUGUCACAGCUGGCCCGCCGGGUUCAGGGGGUCGGGGUAAAAGGUUGGCUGACAAUGUCAUCUCUGUUUAACAAAGAAGAUGAGGACAAACUGCUACCACCGGAGCCCUGUGCUGACCACCCGCUGGCUGCGCGGCCCUCCUCGCAGGCUGCGGCGGCGGUGGAGGCGGAGCCGCGCGGGCCCGGCUUUUGGGACGCGUUCGCCAGCAGGUGGCAGCAGCAGCAGGCCGCGGCGGCGUCCAUGCUGCGCGGCGCCGAACCCACCCCGGAGCCGGACCCCGAAGCUGCGAACGAGGCCGCGGAGGAGGCCACCGAACGCCCCGAGUCGCCGGAGGCCGACGCUGCGACCGGCUUCAAGUGGGGCUUCCUCACCCACAAACUGGCCGAGAUGAGGGUGAAGGCUGCGCCCAAGGGCGACUAGCAUGCCGGCUGAACUGCGUGCCCGCUCCUCCCCUCCGCUCAU